UAACCUCUCGCCUCUCUCAUCUCCACCCCCAGGAUGCUGCGAAUCGCUGUCGUGCUGUGUGUGGUGGCCUCCUCCAUGGGCUUCAUGAUGCCCGAGGCUAUGAUUAAGAAGUAUGCCUACAUGAAGAUCAUGAAGAGCUGCCUAGGCGAAGAGAAAGUCAUGAGCUGGAUGCUGGAAAUGAAGAAGGCCAUGGCAGAGUGCGGGGGCGAAUAUGAAGAAUACUUGGAAGAAUUAAGGCUCAGGCCAAAUUAUAUUCCUGUUUACGUCAAUGCACCCUUCAUGUCACAAUUUAGGCCACCACCUUCCCAGGGCAGGACGAAACGUUUCGUCGACUUCCAGAAUGUAGAUAUAGAGGAAAUGAAGCAAAACAUGCAAUCCAAGAUCGACAACAUCACCUGCGCUCUCCAGAAACUCGAAUACCUGAUGAUGUGCAUGAAGAACGACUUCCGUACAUACGCCGCUCAAGUGGGUUACAAAGGACCCCUUGAUGAAGCAAUGGCCCAGGUUCCUAGCAAUAUUGAAGAGCUGUUCGAUAACCUCAUGUAAAAGGAAGUUGAAGGAAGUGUGUCCUGUUUUCACGAGAAUUUGUUUCAGAUGAGUGGAUAUGUUUUGUCUUUUAUUUUCACUCAUCUGAAUGUUCUCUUGUGAUUAAUUGGAUAGGGAAUCCUGACCUGGAAUGGCUUUGAUUUUUUUUUUUUAAGUUUGACAUUUCAUUUGGGAACGGUAAAGAAAGCGAAUGAGACAAAAAAAUCCCUCCCUCCUCCAUGUCCUCACCCACACAUCUGGUUGAUGAAAAUUCCCCGAAAGUGUUGUGAUAUUCAGCCACAAUAGUUCGAGGGAAAUUUACAACAAGCAGCACGCAGAGUUAUGCAAUUUGGCAUCUUUCUCGUGCAUUGCAUCAGUGAAGAGUAGACGUUAUUCAUGAUAAAAAAAUAAAGUGCUGACACUUA